UUCCAAAGAGAAGCUUCCCCUUUUUGCAUUUCCCAUCUUUGGAGCACUUAACAGGUUGCAGCCCGUUUUCGGGGUAGGUGCAAAGCAGACAGCAGAGAGAGAGAGAGAGAGAGGGAGAGAUCUGGACUGGAUUCCGUGCAAGAAGGAAAGGACCUGAGCAAUACAGGAGAGGUAUGAAAAAAAUGGAGGAGCAAGGGAGAACGUGGAGAAAGGAGCUUCUGAGCAGCACAGUUGAGCAACAAGUUAAGCCAGAACCAGUUGAGGGCCUUCAACAAGACUGGGAAUCCCAGUGGCAAGAGUUCCUCAAGACCAUGCAGGCCUCAGAUUCACAAUGGAAAAACCCACCAACACCUCAGCUUCAGUCAGCAGAAGACAGUGAGAAUAUCCAGGUCUCCGUCACAGAAGCAGCUCAUGCCUGUCCGUGGCCCAGGGUAGAGCAUGUCAUGCACACUGGAGGACCCCGUGAAAGCUUGGAUCUGUCUGUGAAAAUAAAGGAAGAGAGUCUUGAUAAAGAGGAUACAGUCGGCUCGGAGAAAUGGCGCCAGAAGUUCAGGGGCUUUUGCUACCAGGAGGAUGAGGGCCCCCGAGAGGCUUGUAGCCAACUCCAAGAAUUGGGCUGUCAGUGGCUGAGGCCUGAGUGGCGCAGCAAGGAGCAGAUCCUGGAACUUCUGGUCCUGGAGCAAUUCUUAAUUGUUCUGCCUCUGCAAAUGCAGGCAUGGGUAAGAGAACAUGGUCCAGAAACCUGCAGCCAGGCAGUGACCCUCGCUGAGGAUUUCUUGCUGGAGGGUCAUGAUGUGGAAAGGGCAAAGGAAAAGAUUCCAGAACUUCUGGAAAGGGUGGGUGUAGAUUCGUGUAAGUCAGAAGAGGAUCUUUCAGAUUCAAGGAAGAUAGACUUCUCCUUGGAGCUCAAGCAGGAGAAUGAUGAUAAAACCAAUUUUCCUCUGGCUGCUGUUGGGCAAGUGAAGGAAGAAAAAGAAAAUCUUCAGUUAGAAGGAUCUGACUCCUUGAAUGUUGGCAAUGUAUCCUGUAAAAGAUCUGAAGAGACAUGUUCCCAGGAUUCUGAGGAGGAAGAAAUCCAUGGACAUCAGCAGAGACCAAAACAUCACCAAGAAAAUCUUCCAGAAAAGGCAGCGGAGCAAACCUCUCAGUGUGAGAAAGCUGAUGGAGACUUAAAUGAAAGGACCUGCCAAGAGGGAGUGCAGAGACAUAAUAAGAGAGAAAGGACAGCCAAAGACUACAGUAAAUGCUUCUCUCACUUGGUUUUUCCUGACAGGAAGAGAGCAAAGAAGGGAGAAAAGCCCUUCAAAUGCUCAUUUUGUGGGAAAGUGUCCAACGGAAGAACCAACCUGAUGAUCCACGAGAGGAUGCAUACAGGGGAGAGGCCCUACGAGUGCUCAGAGUGUGGGAAAAGCUUUAGCUCCACCUCAAACCUUAUAAACCAUAAGAGGAUACACACGGGUGAGAAGCCGUACACGUGCUCUGAGUGUGGGCAGAGCUUUAGCCACAAUGCUUCCCUGAUAAGGCACAGGAGAACCCACACAGGAGAGAAGCCGUAUGAGUGCUCUGAUUGUGGCAAAAGCUUUAUUCAGAAAUGGGAACUGAUUGCACACAACCGAACACACACGGGAGAGAGGCCGUAUGCAUGCUCCGACUGCGGGCAGAGCUUCAGUCGCAACGCCUCCCUGAUAAGGCACAGGAGAACCCACACAGGAGAGAAGCCGUAUGAGUGCUCUGACUGUGGCAAAAGCUUCAUUCAGAAAGGAGAACUGAUUGCACACAGCCGAACUCACACAGGAGAGAAACCAUACGAGUGUUCCGAGUGUGGGAGAAGCUUCAGCACUAGCUCUCACUUGAUAAGACAUAAAGUAGUGCACGCUGGCAAGAAACCACAGAAUUGUUCAGAUAAUGCCAAAAGCACCCAUAAGAAAUCUAGUUUUAUUGCACGCAAAGGACCACGUAUGGAUAACAAGAAACAAUAAAAGGGCACACACUGGAGGCAGAGUGUAGAUCAGCUGCAGCACUGUACCCCAUUACAGAAAGAGGAAGGAAAGAAAACUAUCUGAUAGACUGUACACAUGACAUCUUCAUAGAUAGUUCACUCCUUACCAGUUACUGAACGACAGGGGAUCAUUAGAUUUACAAACACCCUAGCCCAAAAGUCCCCAACUUUUGGAAUUCUUUGGCAGCUUUGGAAUUCUGACACAGGGUGGUUAACAAAGCCGCAAAAUGUCAAGGAGUGAGGUAAUGCAUAAUUCUACUGGUAACUUUUCAACAUUUUAAGAAAAAGAUCUGUUUACCAGGAUACCUUUUGAAAUGGAUAUGUUGUUUACAAAUGUUUUCUUGCAUACCCACAGCUUCACUGGAUGGCUUCCAAAGCCAUUUUUUAAAAAAUGUGCAUAGCAAAUGAGAACUCAGUGGCCAAUCAGAAGCCCUGUAAAGCAAAAGCCCCACCUCCUGCCUUUUUCUAAAAACUCUUGGACACCAGGAAGGUCUCAGCCGGUGCCAUGGUGCCCAUCGGCAUCACUCUUGGGGAUCCCUGUCCUAGGAGAUCAAAAGCACACCAUGGAUUCAUGUCCCUUGUUGCUUCUGCCUUGUUGCAUGUUGUGAAGGAGACAUGGAUUCAUGUUGGAGUAUCUGCUUUGCAUAAAGAAGGUCCCUCUCAUUUCUAGUUAAGGAUCAUUAGGUGACUUGGAAGAUGACCUGAGUCUCUGGAGAGCCAUUAUCCAUCAGAAUAGACAGUAGCAACCUUGAUAGAACAAGCGUCAGACUUAGUGGAAGGCAGAUUAAUUUGCUCCCCACACAUCCCUCUUUAGAGUGGACCACAUCACAUGGUUAAUGUUCACCCAUGGAUAGAUUGAACCAGAAUUCAGAUUCUGGUAGCAGACUCUUGUUUGAAAUUAACCAUGAUAUACACCAACAUCAUUGCAGAUGAGGGAGGAAACAAUUGUCUCAGAAUACUAGACUUGAAAGCCAGCCAGACAGUGAAAUUGAUUGGCAGUGGAUGCUGGACAAAAAGUGUUGUUUUUUAAAAACAAAAAUACCUUUUUAAACAAAAAUAUUAUUAUUUCAUUUGUAGCCUCCCCCCUUUCUCAUGGAGAUUUAAGGCAGAUUACAGAACACAAAACCCAGUAGUAUCAGACAGGAAAAACCUCCAAUAAACAAUGAAGUAACACUAGGAUUACAGAACUGGAAAACACAAACAAAAACUCUCCAGGGUGUGACAUAUAAUGAAGAAAAGUGGUUGCAAAGGUAGAUAACAUUGUAGUAAAAGAAAGGUGAUACAUACAAUAAAGAUGUGUAGUGUACUAUUCCCUUAUAAAAGUGGUCUUCUGAGCUGUCCCGUUCCACUCCAGUUCUAAUCCCUUUAUAAAAAUGCUGUCCUGGAUAUUUCGGUCUCACACGGUCUGUGACAUGAUAAAAGGAUGGGGUCUUUUGCACCUCCUCAGGCAGGCCAUUCCACAAGGUAGGAAGCAUCAGAGAAUGCGCAUGAAUGGGCAGUUCAUGAAUGGGCAGCUCCUAGCUCAGAUAGCUUUAAAAGGGAACAAGAGAGAUACACAGAGGGAAUUAGCCUCCUAAUAGCUUUUAGCUGGGAUGAUUAAACAGAGACCAAGUUUCAAAAUGAUUGUUCUUUUUGGGUCUUAGUCUGUGGCAGCAAAAUAAGACGGAUUCCGAAGCCCUUGAAAGGUAAGCAAAAUUUAUCCCAGCAUAAGCUUCAUGAAGAAAUUGCCUCGUGGUGGUUAUGCUAAUCUUUAAAGGAUGAUGGGGCUCCUGCCUUAAUGCUCCUUUCGAAGUAGCCCCAGUAGCUAGGGGACAACUCUGGCCUGUGUGACCUGCUUGUAGAUAUCACAGGAGAAUCUGCUGUGAGAAACAGGAUCUUAGAUUAGACAGGCUAUUUGUCUGAUCCAUCAGGUCUCAGUUUUGCCUGCUGGGAGUGAAGAAUUUGAAAAUGUGGGAGAAGGAUUGAGACACAGUGGGCCACCAAGCCUUCUCCACACUCAUAGUCUUCUCACUCGGGGACCCCUAAGUUUAGGAUAAGCCAUCCCUAUCUUGUAGCAAAGGAUUUUCAGGUCAAUCCCCCCACCCCAUUUUUUUACUGAAUUAAAAAAACCCCAGUAGGCAACGUUUUCCAUGUAUGGUCAUAAACAACAGCGAAUUAAAGCCAUCUUCCAAUUGUUAUAUUAACUGAUUGAUUGGUUAAUUAUACAUUAAUUUGUGUAUGAAUAAAACAACAGUCUUGACAAAAAAAA